CGGUGAGCGCCGCGGCUUCAGUUGUUCAGUCUGCUGUGAUCCGCGCGCAUCGCUCUAACGCUCUUCAUAAUCAUGGGUCUGUGCUUCAAACUCACUCUCCUUGUCGUCACCGGUGCCGCUGUGCUCGGUGGCCUGUGCCUAAAAUGCUGCUUCAAGGAAAUGGAGGUGCCCGUUAUUGAGGAAAUCUACUGGGGGACCGGAAAAGCCGCCUCCGAUGAUACCUCAAUCAAACCCUUCAAGAUCGAUAUCCCCGACAAGGUCUUGCUUGACUUGAAAGAUCGUCUCGCUAAGCACCGUGAUUUCACACCACCGCUCGAAGGCGUCCAGCAGCAAUACGGCAUGAACACAAAUCUCCUCAAGGACAUCGUUGAUCAUUGGAAAAACAAAUACGAUUGGCGUGCGCGUGAAAAAUACCUUAAUCAAUAUCCACAAUUUAAGACCAAGAUCCAAGGUUUGGAUAUUCAUUUUAUUCAUGUCAAACCGCAAGUGGCUAAGGGUAUCAAAGUGUACCCCAUGUUGAUGGUACAUGGAUGGCCGGGAUCUGUUCGGGAAUUCUACGAACUUAUUCCCUAUCUUACCAAACCCACAAAUGGCCGCGACUAUGCUUUUGAACUGAUCAUCCCGUCCCUGCCUGGAUAUGGUUUCUCUCAAGCCGCACCCAAACCGGGAAUGAGCCCGAUUCAGAUCUCAAUUAUUUUCAAAAAUCUGAUGGAGCGUCUUGGUCACAAAAAGUAUUACCUCCAGGGUGGAGAUUGGGGUAGUUUGAUCACAGCUGACUUGGCUGCUGUUUUUGGUGAUCGUAUCUUAGGUUUACAUAAUAAUAUGUGUUUCGUAAACACUCCAUUAUCUAACAUCAAACGCAUGCUUGGCGCAUUCUGGCCUUCGAUGGUCGUUGAUGAAAAAUACGAAAGUUGGAUGUACCCAUAUUCCACAUUCUUCAAGACUAUGAUGUUGGAAAUGGGUUACAUGCAUAUUCAAGCAACUAAACCGGAUACAGUCGGUGUGGGCUUGAAUGACUCGCCUGUAGGACUCGCCGCGUACAUCAUUGAAAAAUUCACGUCAUGGACGAAUAAGAACUGGCAGAGCAGAGCUGAUGGUGGUCUCAAGGAGAAGUUUACAUACGAUAAAAUUUUGGAUAACGUGAUGAUCUAUUGGGUGACAGGUUCAAUCACCACUUCGAUGAGAUUGUAUUCAGAGUCGUUCAAUUCGGAUUAUCAAGCUAAACAUUACGAUUGGGUACCAAUUAAGGUGCCGUCAGCGUGCUCUAACUUCAAGAAUGAGCUCGCUUACAGUCCCGAGUGCUUGCUCAAGGAGAGAUACACGCAAUUAGUGCAGAACAAUCAUUUCGAAGAUGGCGGCCAUUUUAUCGCAUUCGAAGCGCCGAAAGUGUUGGGCGAUGAUGUCUGGUCGUUCGUUGACAAGACUUUAGCUCUUCAGAAUAAAAAGACUAACUAAUUGUUGUUGAUUAAUUUUUAUGUUUUUUAUAAUGAAAUUUGUGUUGAUGAUAAGCAAAGCAAAUAAAAUAAUGAAUUUUUAAACAA